CCGGCUCCCCCAGUCCCCGACCUAGGCCGGCUCACACAUCCCGGGGUGCUGGCGCGUGGGCCGGGGGGCGUAGGGCGCCUGCAGCCGGCCCCUGGCAGGGCUCUGUGGGGCUGAGCGCUCCGGAGCCGGGGCGCUGGGAGAGCAGGAAGCGGUCCGCGUGGGAGCUGGGAGAGCAUCAGCCCCAGGAGUGGACCGGGCUGAAUAGCCAGGCAGCCGAGGCAGACACCCCAGGGGGCGAGCGACUUUGGGGGAGUUGGUGCCCCGCCCCCCAGGCCUUGGCGGGGUCAUGGGGGCCCCCCAUGCUGGGCCGGGGGGCGUGCGAAUCGGGGCCCUGCUGCUGCUUGUUUUUUUGGGGCUGGUGUCUGGGCUCAGCCUGGAGCCUGUCUACUGGAACUCAGCGAAUAAGAGGUUCCAGGCAGAAGGUGGUUAUGUGCUCUACCCUCAGAUCGGGGACCGACUAGACCUGCUCUGCCCCCGGGCCAGGCCCCCUGGCCCUCACUCCUCUCCUAAUUAUGAGUUCUACAAGCUGUACCUGGUAGGGGGUGCCCAGGGCCGGCGCUGUGAGGCACCCCCUGCCCCAAACCUCCUCCUCACUUGUGAUCGGCCAGACCUGGAUCUCCGCUUCACCAUCAAGUUCCAGGAGUACAGCCCUAACCUCUGGGGCCACGAGUUCCGCUCUCACCACGAUUACUACAUCAUUGCUACUUCAGAUGGGACCCGGGAAGGCCUGGAGAGCUUACAGGGAGGCGUGUGCCUAACCAGAGGCAUGAAGGUGCUUCUCCGAGUGGGACAAAGUCCCCGAGGAGGGGCUGCCCCCCGAAAACCUGUGUCUGAAAUGCCUGCAGAGAGAGACCAGGGGGCUGCCCACAGCCUGGAGCCUGGGAAGGAGAACAUGCCAGGUGACCCCACCAGCAAUGCAACCUCCCGGGGUGCUGAAGGCCCCCUGCCCCCUCCCAGCAUGCCCGCAGUGGCCGGGGCAGCGGGGGGGCUGGCGCUGCUCUUGCUGGGCGUGGCAGGGGCUGGGGGUACCAUGUGUUGGCGGAGACGGCGGGCCAAGCCUUCGGAGAGUCGCCACCCUGGUCCUGGCUCCUUCGGGAGGGGAGGGUCUCUGGGCCUGGGGGGCGGAGGUGGGAUGGGGCCACGGGAGACUGAGCCUGGGGAGCUAGGGAUAGCUCUGCGGGGCGGUGGGGCUGCAGAUCCCCCUUUCUGUCCCCACUAUGAGAAGGUGAGUGGUGACUAUGGGCACCCUGUGUACAUCGUGCAGGACGGGCCCCCCCAGAGCCCUCCAAACAUCUACUAUAAGGUGUGAGGGCUCCUCUUACCUGCUCUCCCAAAUCCAGCCCUUGGGGUGCUGCUGUGGUUUAAUUCAUGGUGUGAGGGCACCUCUAGCACCCCCUCGGCCCCCUUCGCUCCUCCUGGCUGUUGCCCUCUUCUCCACUUUUAGGGUUCCCUAAGACUCCAUUGUACUCCCUGCCCUCCCGUUUGGCCAUGGGCGCCCCUCUGUCUCUGUGUCCUGUUCCCUUGGGGAAGGGGCACAGGCCCAGCCUCCUCUGUAACCAUGACCCAGGUAACCGCGUCCCCCUCGCCAACCCGGAGCUAGGGGCAGGAGCAGUCUGUCUUUUGGUUGGUACCUCUCCCUUUCUGCCUCUCACUGUUUUUCUCUUCUCUCUAUGUCUUAUUCUUUCUCUCUCUUCCGUCUCUAGGUCUGUUCCUCUCCCUAAGAUCCUCCUCCCUUUCCCCUCUCGGCUUCUUAUCCUGUGCCUCUCUCAUCUCCUGGGCGGGGGCCUCACAACACUUCUCCCCUUAGCUCUUGGCCCCCACCCCCCGACCUCUCAUACCAACCACUCUUCUUGGUCCGCCCGACCUGGGGGCUUUACGGGGAAGGCACCCCAGCUCAGGGCGUGGGCAGCAGGGCCUCCUUCUCUGCCCUGCCCCAGGCCUCUACAUACUUACUCCAGCCAUUUGGGGUGGUUGGGUCACGACAGCUGCCAUGAGAAGAAGUGUUCCGUUUUGUCCAGUGGCCAAGAGCAAGACAUGCACCGGUCAGUCGGGACAUGUAUGGACAUGGUCUGAUGCUGG